AUGGCGGAAGAGGAGAGCCAGUUUGAAGAAUUUGAGCAAAUAGACUUUUUAAGAGAUAGACAUGUACGGUUCUUCCAGAGAACUCUUCAGGUGUUACCUGAGAGAUACGCCUCCCUGGAAACAACCAGGUUGACUAUCGUAUUUUUUGCCCUGUCUGGUCUGGAUGUGCUGGAUGCCCUGGAUGUAAUUGAUAGGAACAUCAUGAUUGAGUGGAUCUACUCAUUACAGGUCCUACCAACAGAGGAUCAAUCCAACCUAAGUCGCUGUGGAUUUCGAGGAUCGUCACAUAUUGGUAUUCCUUAUGACACCAAGGGUCCAGGGGUGCCCCAUCCGUACGACAGUGGCCAUGUAGCCAUGACCUACACAGGGCUGUGUUCGCUGCUGAUACUGGGAGAUGACCUGAGCCGAGUUAAUAAACAGGCCUGUCUGGCUGGUCUUAGAGCACUACAGCUAGAGGACGGCAGUUUCUACGCAGUGCCAGAGGGAAGUGAAAAUGAUAUACGGUUUAUCUACUGUGCAGCCAGUAUCUGUUACAUGCUGGAUGACUGGUCAGGCAUGGACAUCCAGAAGGCCAUUGACUACAUCAGAGGAAGUUUGUCAUACGAUAAUGGGUUUGGCCAGGGAGCUGGGCGAGAGUCACAUGGUGGCUGGACGUACUGCGCCAUAGCCUCUCUGUGUCUGAUGGGACGACUAGAGGAGGCGCUGAGUCAGCGGGAGCUGGACAGAAUUCGACGCUGGUGCAUCAUGAGGCAGCAGAGCGGCUUCCACGGGCGCCCUAACAAACCUGUAGACACAUGUUAUUCCUUUUGGGUGGGAGCUACGCUAGAGCUGUUAAAUGUGUUCCAGUAUACGAACUUUGACAGGAACAGGAGCUUCAUCCUGUCCACACAGGAUCGGUUGGUGGGAGGCUUUGCAAAGUGGCCGGACAGCCAUCCAGAUCCUCUCCAUGCCUACUUAGGACUGUGUGGUCUGUCUCUGAUUGGAGAGCCCAAUCUGAGGAAGGUCCACCCAGCUCUUAACAUCACCCAGAGAGCCUUUCAGCACCUCCAGCAGCUGCAGCAGACAUGGAGGGACAACACUGGCAGCUGUGGCAGACAGCACUGACAGCAGGACGAUCCACAGCUCUGCCUCUGAACAGGUUCGGUAAUCAGGAACAUCUAAUAGAUGUCAGUCAGAGGCAACUGGACUUGUUUUUCUGGAAGACGUAAGGUCACUCGUCUGAGAGGCCUCCUCAUUUCAGGAAUCGGGAGGAAAAGUUUUUGUAAGACUCCAGUUACAUAGCGUUAACUUCGGGGAGCUAAUUUUCAGUCCAUCUAAAGCGACAUUUUUGUUAAGCAAUAUAAGCCACACUUUUUUUGCUGCCUUUUUAUUAGUAGACAGAAGUAAACACAAAUGUACAUUGUGGUUUGUGAGAAUAAAAUGAUGUGCCAGAAAGUUAGAUUUGAAUCACUGGAGACCUGAAAACAUUUCAGAUGCCUACAUUUUACAACCUUUUUAGAUAACGAUAUUUAGGAAGCAAUAUCUAAAUAGGCUGUGAAGCAUAAGCAGCACUUUAGCAGAGCAGCACCGUCGGUGACUACGCAUGAUGUGUUCAGGCACCUCACAUAAUCAGUGUUUGCAAAACGAAAGAAAAUGGACUUGAAUGUCAAAAUAUGCUUUGAAUUAUAAGAAUAUAGUGCAAGUGAAACGGGUUGCUAUGUUAUUAUAGUACUGCUAAAAACUGAAGCGUAUCUGUUCCAUCAGACAGACGACGCAGCUGAAAUGCCUCCUGUGUAGACGAACCUUUAGCUUCUUCGUCAUAGUCAACACAUCUGUUGUAAAACCUCCUAGCCAACGAUGAACACUCCUGACUUGCUUCACAUGAGCAUAAGAAACAUCCCCAAGACAUCUUUAUUUACAGUUUGAUGGGGAACCCCAAGGCAGGCUUAGGGAACAUCUAAAUUCAGUCUUUAAAUUCUAAGUAAGUUAUAAGUUCUGUAGCUGCUGGUAGCUUCGUCAGCUGAAGGUUUUUGAGCCAGCUUGUCUGAUUUUGUGUUGUGCUAAAUAAUGUUAAAUAUAUGACAAAUAAAUAAACAUAUUGAUUUUUCACUUUUGUUCACAAACCUUUAUGGGGACAGUGGUAAUUUGUGGAGUAUAUUUCAAAACUGCUGAGACAAAUAUUCUUUUAAAUCAACAUUUCUUCAUUUUCAGACAAAAACGCCUUCCAUGCAGGUUCCUCCCAAAAAUAUGCACUUUUUGCUUCUCUGCCCUCAUCAUCUCCUUUAUGCUGCAGCUGAACCUCUUCAAAGCUUUGAGCUCUCCAGUCCCAAAGGUGAUACCAGCCUGGCAGGUUCACUCUCCUGAGCCUCACUGUUCAGCUCCCUCCAGUUUCACCACUGGCUUUGUUUACAGAUCAAGAGAGAUU